AUGCAGACGAUAGAGAAGGCGAUGCAUCAACCGAUGCCAUUUACCACCGGUGGGCAGACUAUCACAGAUCGACUAACUGCAGCAAAACAUUCUUUGGCUGGAAGUCAACUUGGGAAAACAGUUUGUAAAGCUACUACUGAAGAGCUUAUGGCACCAAAGAAAAAACAUCUUGACUAUUUAUUACACUGUACUAAUGAGCCAAAUGUGUCAAUUCCGUCUAUGGCCAAUUUGUUAAUCGAGCGAACGCAAAACCCUAAUUGGACGGUUGUAUAUAAGUCUCUUAUAACUAUUCACAAUAUCAUGUGUUACGGGAACGAAAGAUUCUCGCAAUAUUUGGCUUCUUGCAACACGACAUUCAACUUGAGUACAUUUCUCGACAAAAAUUCCGCUCAAGGUUACGACAUGUCACAGCAUGUAAGGAGAUACGCGAAGUAUAUAUCAGAAAAAAUAUCGUCUUACCGUUUAUGUGUGUAUGAUUUCUGUAAAGUGAAACGGGGUAGAGAAGAUGGACUUCUUAGAACAAUGAACACUGACAAGCUAUUGAAAACGAUGCCGAUAUUGCAAAACCAACUUGAUGCUCUUUUAGAAUUCCAAGUUACUUCUGGAGAAUUAAACAACGGUGUCAUAAAUUGUUCAUUUAUACUUUUAUUCCGAGAUCUUAUUCGUUUGUUCGCUUGUUACAAUGACGGCAUUAUAAAUUUACUUGAAAAGUUUUUUGAUAUGAAUAAGAAGCAGUGCCGCGAGGCGCUCGAUAUGUAUAAAGCUUUCUUGGCGCGUCUCGAUAAGGUGGCAGACUUCCUGAAAGUAGCUGAGUCAGUUGGAAUCGAUCGUGGAGAGAUCCCUGACUUGACUCGCGCACCAGCAUCUUUGUUAGAGGCACUUGAAGCGCAUUUGAAUCAGCUUGAAGGUGGUAGGAUCCAACCGGGAGCAAAUCAUAAUGAGCAGUUUGCCGCUGCUAUGGGACAAGGUUCUUUUGGGUUUUCUUCGGGACAUCAACCAAGCUCUAUGGAUGACUCUGAACAACGUAAAAAAUCUGUUCCCUCGGAUAGUUCCAAGACUGUUGUCCCACAGAGUUUCAACCCAUUUGCUAGUGCCUCUCCGCAGCCGUUGGCUGAACAGCGGCCUGUCUCGAAACCUAGUGAUGAUUUAAUGUCUCUCUUCGAGCCUGUUGCCGAAAAUACUGCUCCAGCUGCACCUGUUUUUCCUCCUGCUGGAGCAGCCAUGCCGCUCGAUGCUCAGAUGGCUUCAUUGCAACUUGAUCCUACGAACCCAUUCGCACAGAACGUUUUCACGCAACCACCUGUGUUGCCUGCACCAGUUGUAACUUCAGAAGAAUCUGCUAACACUAAUCCAUUCUUAAUGGGGAAUAACGGUGCUGUAGCUGCACCUUCACCAUUUUCGGGAAGGAGUGAGGAGAACCGUGGGUAUCAGUGGGGUGACGUCAGGAUGUCCGGCAAUCAACAGGUUCAGUGGGCACCUGUUUCUGAGGCGGAUAUUGACAGUGAUGAAACUGGUACAAAACAACCUGUGUGGAAUUCUAGUGAUGAAGGCUCACAGAUAACGUCAGCAGCUGAGUCAAAAAAUAUUGAUAAUACUAACAAAACAGAUACAGGUGCUGGAGCCUUAAAUGAAGCUGUGAAUUCUGUAUUACGAAAUCCAUUUGGGGCGCUUCAGCAAAACGCUCAAGCUUUCCAUGCAGCUGGUUCAACUGAAACUGUACCUCCAGCUCACAACCAAAUGCCACCAUUUAAUGUUCCUCCAACUGUACCAUCUGCGUCGACUACGCAGGCAGGGAAAUUUGGAAGAGAUUUGGAUUCGGCGUUGAACUCGAUUGCUGAAAAUCUUACUGUUAGUGGAAAGGCGGCAACACAGGGCAAACCUGUUCAAUGGAACAAUCAAGGUGGCUCGCGACCGUCCUUAGUAGCUCCCACGCAACCAUUGACACAGUUACCUUAUACGCAGGUUCCGGUUAGACCAUGGGGACAGAUGGGUGCUUACUCAUCUCAACCAGCGCUCUAUCCGUCACAACAAAUGAUGGGGAUGUAUGCGCAGCCAGGUUUUGUACCAAUGCCGACAACAGUCUAUGGUGUACCACCACAACCACAAACCAGUCAACCCACAACGGCCGCACAGUCACAGACAAGCUUCACUCAACAGCAUUCUUUACUUUAA